GCAUAACAUAUCACUGAAAUGCAGUUCGUGAAAAUAUAUUAGCAGUGAAGCCAUGGACAAGGAGUUGGAAUAAGUGUGUGACAGGAAAACAUCGACCAGUGGUUCGUCGGUGCGACUGAAGUGACCCUAGACACAGGUUCCAUAAUUCAUACAGUAUCUGGACUGCAGGCAGACGUGGACUUUUUAAACCAGUGUACUGUACUUUAAGACGAAGUCGACAGACGAUGAAAUUCGCUUGUGACAUUAGAUGUGACUCCAGUUACUUGUGGCCUCUCAAAAGUUAACAGAUAUUUUGUAUUUUGUGAAGCCAGCUGUAGCAAAAUGAAGUGCCAUCAGAUUCUGACGGGAGCUUGCAAUGCUGGCGACCGUUGCUUUGCUGUUGGAAGUGUGGAGGGUGUGCCAUUUACGGCCUAUGCUGCUGGGUGUAACAUAGUCAUUCUUGCCAGCACAUAUGAACGCGUUCAGGUGAUACCAGGAGUGUGUCAUGACAAUGUACAGAUAUCAUGUGUGGACUGCUCCACUGACACGGGCAAAAUAGCAGCAGCGUAUGGAAAGCUAGUAUGUGUGUUUGAACCCACCCCUCUUGCCAAUCAGAUGAAUGGCCAUAGACUCGACUAUCGCUGGAUUCAGACUGGAGUGAUUGAAGCAGAGAAUUACAUAAACACCUUGUCAUGGAAUGUGGAAGGAACACGACUCUUGACAGCUGGAGAUGUUCUACAAAUGUGGGCCGCUCCCCUUGGAAGACUUGCACCUGCAGAAGAUGGUUCUUGCCCUGUGACAUUUGAUUUGGAAUGUGAUGGCGUGGAAGAGGAAGAACCAACAUGGGUGUGUGUGUGGCGGUGUGUCACUGCUGCUCCGACUGUCUUCUUGUCUUUCUCGCCAGAUGGCACGCUCUUUGCCACAGCUGCAGCUAGUGACCGUUUGGUCAAAAUCUGGUACGACAACAAGCAUAUGUUAGCUCCUGCACGACCCCAAGAUGGAAUAAAUUUAUCCAACGAGAUGGCCCGAUCAACAGUCAGUUACAGCUAUAUUUACCUGCCACAUCCAAGUGCUGUGAAGGGGUUCACCUGGAGAGCUACCAGCAAGUACAUGCCCAAAGGGAGUGUAAGUAACAUGCUGGUGACCUCAUGCCGCGAUAACAUCAGUCGUGUGUGGGUUGAGACCGUCUUGCCUGAUGAUGACUUGGUGUCUCUCCUGCAUCUGGACCCAGCAGCAGCCCAGAACCCUCGUUUCCGCACCCACCGACACAAACAUCGAUUUAUGCAGAGAUUGAAGCACAUGAAGGCGUGUUUCCAGAUGAGGCGUCAUGUAAAGUCAGGUGGUCCCAUCAUAUUGGGAGGACUUGGUGGUAUUGGCUCCAAGCCCCUUCCUACAAUUCCUUCAUCAUAUUCUGUUCAUGAUUUCCAUAUGUAUGGUGUUCAUGCAAUGGGGAUUACUCCAGGUUUCCAGUUCCACCUUGCAGCUUCCAUAAAUGCUGAAACAGAUAUUCCUCUGGUUCCAAGUAUCAGUGGAGUAACGACCUCAGGAGAGGCUGAGCAAAGCUUUGUCAUUCACUGGCUCAACAACAAGGAAAUGCAUUUUACAUCAGAAGCAGAAAAUAUACUCCUAGAGAUAAGUCGGCGUGCUAUGGAAAAAGAAACAGCCUCAUUAGAUCAUGAUCGUCACUCCGAAGUGAGUGAUUUUGAGGAUCCUCGGCUACGGGCAGCAGCUAGUUUACGUUUGGGGUCACGAACUCCUUCACACAUGACGAGCCGAACUCGUAGUAUUGAUGAUGACGAUCCCAUUAGCCAACACUCGGCAUCGGCUCGUUCUCAUCAACCACUGAGUGCUGCUACUUCCUCUACUUCCAUUGCAACUGAUGUUACUACUGCAACUACUUCUGCUCUUGGCGAUACCCUUGACCGCCGCAUUGAAAUGUUAUUACGAGACUGGCAUCAAAAUUCGGAUGUUCUUUUUUCAAUUCACCCGGUGGAUGGUUCGCUUUUGGUAUGGAUUGUUGACUUUCUUGACGACUAUCCAGGAUCUUUCCGGCAAGCACAAGUCUCAUUUAGUGCCAGAAUUCCUAAUGCACUCCCUCUUGGCGAUGCUAUGACAAUGUCACCAAAUCUGGCCAUCUACAAUGGCACAACCCCAUCAUUCCUCAAACAGUUACUUAAAUUGGAACUAGCACAUGAAGAGGAGCUCCGUAGUGGAAAGACUAAGAGUAAGAGCAACCUGACACUGUCAAGUAAUGACGAGCGGGAUGUGCUGGGAGGAAGCAGCAAUCCAUCCCCAAUCAUCUCCAUGACCACCAAGCACAGCAACGGAUCCCUCAAUCUGUGGCAUCUUACUGUAGCUGAAGGGUCCAGGUUUACGCAGGUCCUUAAUAUCUCCCACUUCACACGAGUGUGUGGUCACCGUUUCCAGUUAAACGACAUAAAAUGUCACCCUGUUCUGCCGCUGCUUCUCUCGACAUCCCACCACAACAAACGAGAAGUGUCUCCCAGCAAUCCACCUAGUACUGAUGAAACUCCUCUGAUAUGUAUCCAGGAUGCAACUUACAAAGACUGGUGUAGUGAACUAAUAUUAUGGCGUGUGGAUGCUGUAGGACCACUCAGCAAGUCGGGGGGUGUUACCGAGCUAGCAAGAAUCAACUCUCCACAAGUGUCGGCUUUUUCCAAUGCUGCCUGGAUCCCCACACUUUUACCAAGUACCACUCUUGGCAGUGUUUCCAACUCUCCUUCGGCAUGCUUUGUUGCCUCUGAUGGAGAGUGCUUGCGUGUUUAUCAAGCUGUGAUUGAUGGCCGAGCACUUUUGGCAGAAAUAUCUACAGCCGAGCGAAAGAAACGUAUGAUGGAGUCUACCUUAAGUCUCUCGACUGAUAGCUCACUACAAGAACAGGCAGGACAAGUGAACCUGGCUGAUAUCUUUGAUAUAGUCUCAGAGCAAUCGACUGCCCGUCCUGGAUGUGUUAUUGAGCUGGAUGCUAUUGGAGAUGCAACAAACGACUGGCAAAAUACUCAGUUCCUCCAUGUCUUCCAAGAGGGCCUUAUCCGGGGAGAACGUGGAUCGACUGUAGGUGGUCAGGAGUCACCGAGCACAUUUCCAACGCACGCCCCGAUGGUGGACCUUCACUCGACUGCCAAGUUUGAAGAGCCCUUCUACAUCACUCUCCUGGAGAAAACUACUCAUGGCUCGGUAAUGCAUGUGUGGCGGCUGGUUAUUGCGUCAGAGCAUCACGCUCACGAGGUCUGUGAGGAUGAUGAAGGCCACGCGUCUGGCCGUAGUACUCCAGUGAUUGAUAAUUUAGCGGGAGGCAUUGACGCCUCUCCUAUUGUCAUCACCACCACAAAGAUUUGUGCAAAUCCUCUGCCACUUCCUCCUGGAGUACAAGUGAUCCAUGCAGCUCCAGCUGCCGGCCACUUGAGCUCUGCGUCUAUAUAUCCUGCGUGCUAUGCUCCUUAUGUACUGGUGACGGCAUGCUCUGAUAACACUGUCCGCUUUUGGAGGUGCCGCAUGUCUGGAGAGGGGGAAGACUUCCAAAUCCAAUGGCAAGAGUGGCAUAUGAUUAGUAAAGAUGGAAAGAGUGCCAUUAAGGUGCCAGGUCAACCACUUCAUGUGAGUGCAGCGUACAGUGGCAGGAUUGCCUGUGCUUACCAGACUCCAAGAAAACAGGCUGUAUUUUCUGCUGGAAUGGAUGGCAGCAUCCAGUUCUCAUGCUCAUUAGCUAUCUAUGAAUGUGAAUCCACAGGAGGGUCACUGUGGGUGCUAGAAGAUAAAUUUGACCUCCAAGAUGUGGUCACCAACCCUGGAGAAUCUAGCAUGGCUGACCUUGAUCUUGCUUACCUCUCCAAAGUUGCUCAGGGACGAUCAACAACCAGGCUGACAUCCGCUCUGAGUACUGAGGACCUGUCGGAGCCCUGCCCAUCUUCACCCGUGUUCUCGGUUGACGCGAUACAUUCUGUGUCUAGUCAACUGUUGGUGCCAAGUCCCAGCACGCUGCACUCAAUUCGUAACCAACGUUUUGACAAGAGAGGUGUUAGUGUGAAGCAGAAGCAUCCCGUCCAGAUUGACUGGGUCUCUCAAGAGGACGGCUCUCACCUUUUGACAGUUGCAAUUGGCAGUAAGAUACUUGCCUACACAAGUGUUGCGGAUGAAAUAGCCAUGAUGAGCUGCCAGGAACGGAACAAGGACAAGGAGUCUCGACCGCGUCCUGUGCUCCAGAAAUCCCUUUCAUUGCAUGCUCUUUCGGACACCAAUUUGCCAAGAUGGAUGAGGCUAGAGAAGCUGUGCCUGGCCACAGCUGACGGGUUGGCGCCGCUGCCAAUGCAAUUGUCGUGGGUGCGGGACGGCAUCUUAGUCGUCGGAAUGGAUAAUGAGAUGCACGUUUAUUCUCAGUGGCACUUGCCAGCCACAGACCAAAAGAAUGCUCACCACAUGCAAGAAAGAGCAGAUAGCAGAGAUGAAGGUCGUGCUCUGACUGAGGCAAAUUUGAAAACGUAUUUACAGGAGUCGUCGCAUUAUACCAAGUCUGCAACAUCAAUGUCCCGUGUUGCAUCGUUCUCUGUCUUGUCGGCACUUGAUAAUAAGAUGAAAAAGAGUCUAGGAGAAGUGAUGACCACUCAAGUAGAAGAUAUAGGUGAAGCUGCAGUCUCGGGGAUAUUUGAGGCAAGCCACAUUGCAUCUCCGGUACUGCCUCAGUAUCACCCGCGUCAGCUGAUGGAGCUUCUCAACUGUGGCAAGAUACGUCGUGUCAAGGCAAUUCUUGCCCACCUAGUCAGAUGUCUCUCACAACUAGGCCAAAGAAACGCUGAAGGUGCUUACCGUGUGAGUCUCUCUGAUGCCGAUGAUACCCACAACCGUAGCUGGUCACGGUCUCGCACUCUCUCGGUAUCGGGCAACCAAGGAGGCUCUACUAGCCGAGAGGGACGAGGCUCCGUAUCCCUACUGCCUGAGGAACUGACACUUGACUACAUUGAGGUGACGGCCAUUCCUCCUCUUCCACUCUGGCUGCUACUGGAAGCUGACAAGGAUACACAGAGCCAGCAAACAAAGACAACUGAUAAUAAAGAAGAGACAUACAUGGAGUUGUUUGGGGCUCCAACAUUGUCUGUUGAUGAAGAAGAUCUUACUCUGGAUGAAGAGGAUGAUAUGGGUAAUCGCCGCAAGUCGUUGUCACAUGAGGUCAAGAGCAUAGCAUUCUUUGGACCGCGUCAGGCGCAAAUUUUAGCUGCUCUUUUGACGCACACUCACCUACCUGGGCUGUCAAGUCUUGACCAAAUGCAUCUUUUGGCCUUAGGUGACACUGUGGCCUCGUGCAAUGUGGAUUUUGCCGAUCGUUUUGAUAUUAAUAAGGCCAAGGAAGCCUUGGCAAAGGAGACCUUCUCAAGAACAAGCACAGAUGAACCAUCAAUGGAGACACUGGAUGACUGUGGGUUACGUUUCCUGCUGGCCAUUCGUCACCACACGUACCUUCUGAGAUGCAUACCGAUUGCCCAGCGCGCAGCUCUGCAAAAAGUAGGAAUUGGUAGCCAUAACUUUGUAUGGGCCUUCCACUCUGAGAGCCAAGAAGAGUUACUUGAUUUUAUCCCAUCAAUGAGACAAGGUAACCCGCGCUGGUCUGAGUUACGUGAAUUGGGAUUCGGGUGGUGGGUCAGGAACAACACACUUCUAAUCCGCUGCUUCAAUAAGAUUGCAAAAGCUGCAUUCCUUGUGAGGAAUGAUCCCAUGGAUGCAGCUAUAUACUACCUGGCCAUGAAAAAAAAGAAUCUAGUGUGGGGUCUCUUCCGCUCGGUUGACGAUAAACGCAUGACCGGCUUUUUUGCAAACAACUUCUCAGAGGAACGGUGGCGCAAAGCAGCAUUAAAGAAUGCCUUUGCCCUGUUGGGGAAGCAGCGAUUUGAACAUGCUGCUGCAUUCUUCCUCUUAGCAGGAUCACUGAAGGAUGCUCUGGAGGUGGUUUUGAAUAAGCUUCAAGAUGAACAGCUGGCCAUCGUGAUAAUAUGUCUGUAUGAAGGAGAGUUUGAGGCAGUCCCUCCAACACUGUGCAAACUUCUCUAUACUAGAAUUUUGGGAAAGGAUGAAGAUGGUGAAAACAUAGAUUUGAGAAAAGUUCAUCCUGAUCCGUUCUUCCGAUCGGUAGCAUACUGGAUGUUAAAGGAUUACAGCAAUUCACUCAACACCCUACUGCAAACUGACCCUUCCCUGGGAAUACACCACCCGGACUAUGUGGCCACCAAGUCGUCGACGACCAGCAGCGUCAGUGCGGCCGAUCCAAGUGUAUUCAACUUCUACAUUUACCUGAGGACUCAUCCACUACUGAUUCGUCAGUGUAUUGCCAACACAGCAAAGGGAGGCGGCGGCUCACUCAUGGCCUCACGCCUUGGAACAGGUCAGGAUAUGCUUGACAAGAAGAGUGUUUAUGAGAGCAGUAUGACCCCUCUGGAAAGGCAGCUGUACUUCACCACCGCCCACGCUCACCUCCGCUCUGGCUGCCCAACCCUCGCACUUGAGGUCUUGUCCAAGUUACCCGAUAACGUGAUUGAUCUAGAGAAUCCCGACACUGGAGAUCUUUUGGGAAGUCCAUCAAAGGAGCACAAACCGGCCAUUGAGUUAAUACACAGUGGAACCCUUGAGAGUGAUGACUCGUUUGAACAGAGUAACCGUGACCGAGCUGCUGAUCUCUUUGCUCCCAGCUCACGCUCAGGUUUUGGUUCAUCCUCAGCAGAGUACGACUGGUCAUCAUCAGGCUUAUUCCAUAAAAAGAAGGAAGACGAUGGACUUGACCUGGACUUCUCCAUGGGCGAUGAAGAAGAGGAGGAGGAGGAGGAAAGUAAACCUCCGGAUAAUCACUCUGUAGCCAGUGAUGACCAAGGAGCUCGAAAAGCAAGCAAAAAACAUUUGGACAUAAUGGCUCAACAGCUGAAGUUUGUGUCAUGCCUCAAGAUGAUGAUGGAGGAGCUGGCAACCCUGGCGACUGGAUGUGAGGUGGACGGUGGGCAGCUGAGGUACCAGCUGUAUGUGUGGCUCGAGAGAGAGGUGGAGGCUCUCAAGGAGGUUUGCAACUACUGCAGCACCCUCCAAGUGGGCGUGUACUGCGAGUUGUGGCGGGACGUUUGGUGGGACAGCGACCUUAUAGAAUCCAUUCCUGCUGAUGAAAUUGGUGACCCAAUGCCCCUGCCCUCGGUGCCUGCGACUGAGCCCGCAACUCUACACGAGAUCCUCCAGCAGGAGAAGCUUGAGUUUGAGGAUAAAAUGGAGAGGGCUGCAAGGAGAAAGCGAUGGCUUUUGGCUAAUCAACAAUUGCUGAGGACUCUGUUGAGUUACUGCUCACUGCACGGGUCCAGCGGCGGUGGCCUGGCCUCGGUUAGAAUGGAGUUGAUAUUACUGCUACAGGAACUACAGCAGGAGAACAGCAAGCAACAACUACUGUCUCCACUGCCAUUCCCUACCACCCUGCCAUUAUUGUCUGCAUCUAUUGCUUCCAACAAGACUGUAGUGUCUGAUCCUGUUCGCCAUUUACAGGCUGGCACUCAUGACCUGCUACAGUCCCUGGUGGAAAUAACAGAGGUUGCUCAGUCUAACACGCGACUUAUGCACCAUGCCACUGUCCUGCGCAACUUGGCAGCUGCAUUAUCUGCCUGUAUAUACCAGUCACUUUGUGACUCUGAGACUUUCACCGUCAAGACUCACCAUAGAGUAGCUGCCUUGGGAGUGGAUAUUCAGCAUGUGACAGUAGCUCACCGUGAGUCUCAUUUAGUAGGACGUGAUCCGCGCACUGGAACCCCUCAUGACGACGAGCCGCUCGCAGUGUGCACGGCUCCUGCCAAAUGGCCCGGUGUGACGUCCCUGCUAGCUUUGGUGGCUCGAGAACGUGAUGAAGACACCCCGAAACUAAAUCUCCUCCUCUGUGAAGCCUUUGUUGCGGUGUAUCUGAGUCUUCUAGUCCAUGGCUUGGCAGCGAGCGAUGCUUAUGUUUUGCAUCGUCUUGUCGCCAGACCGCUAACUGAAAAGGAUUGGGCAACACUCUUUGGCGGUGGAGUUAAGAAACUUCUAAAAGUUAUAACCAAUGUCCUGCCUAAUCAAAGCUCUACAGAGAGGGAAGCUGGUGGCGGAGCUUCAGUGAGUGGAGAAAGAAUUUUGUCAACAAUAUCAAACCUUCAUAAGACUCGCAUCAAGUUCAACAUGAAACUUCUAGGUCAGCUGGGCUUCCAGGAUCCACGUGGCUUCUCUAGUGAUGGGGAGACAAAGCCAGCAUACAGGGAACAGUUUCUGCCCCCAGAGAUGUCCAUUGUGUCGCUGCUUAUGAAGAAACCCACACUACCACCUGAAUAUGAGAACAUUGAUUAUGAUUCUUCUGCAAGUGAUACUGAAGAUGUAGAUAUGGAUUAUGAGGAGGAUGAAGAUGUGUUCAAGGAACCCAAGGUCAUGGCCGAAAACACAGAGCACUGUGACGCAGAUUCGUAUUCCUGGUGCCUACUGAGGUUGGCCACCGUGCGUGCAGCAAAGAUAGUGGUAGGACGGUUCUUGGAAGUUGCUGGGGUCGAGUUACUUGAGCUACCGAUGCAAAGUCCACUGCUACAUUCCAUCUUGCGGAGUCUAGACCAGUGGCUCGCUGCCCUCGUGACACACAUCGAAAGCAAGAAAGGUCCUCCACCAGAGUACAUUCCUGGAUGCUUUGCCGAGUCUCAAGUUGUCGGCCCGGCUAUUUUGAAGUAUCGAGGCUUGCUAGAGACUCAUAAUACACCAUUUGUCCGUAACAAGAAGGGCGUGAAGUCGGUGGCGCGGUUGUGGAAUUACCUCGUCAGGCAGGAGGAAGUUCAAGAUGUUUUUGUGAGGUAUAUCUUUGGCCGCAAGAGACCUACACCUGAACCUGCCCAGUAUGCAGAGCAAGGGGAAGAUGCUAUGAGUGAUGUGGGUGAUGGAGUGGAUGGUUCUGGGACAGGCGAGGGCGGCUCGGAGACGGGUGCAGAGAACCACCAAGAGCCCUCGGAGCACGGUGGCCCUUCGUUGGACUCUUCUGUUAACUCUCUGGAGCCAGUUCGAAUUAUCCAUAAGGAACAGGACUCCAUUACUGCCUUCUGUAUCAAUAAGGUAAACGCAGGCUUGAUGGCUGUUGCAACUGUCCGUGAAGUGCAAGAGCUGGACGUGUCACUCUUGUUGGAUCAUCCUAGUUGGCUCACUAAUGAGUGUGAAUUGGAUGUCUUAUCACUGAACAAGGAGCCAGACAGUGUGCCUUCUUCAAACUUCUUGGUAGUACACACUCCUAUGGACAAGAAUAUUUUGGAUCCUAGCAAAGGAGGUGUGUAUAUUAUUUCUGUAUUGCUAUUUCUGGAGGAAUCCCACUUUGGAACACUUGUCUUACUGUGUACUGAGGAGUCUUGUCUCAUUAAUGCUGCUCAGUUGAAGGAGUUUAAAGGGGUCCAUUUCCCUGGCUCCAACAACCUUCGUUUCUGUCGCUUCGUAUGGGAACGCAGUCGUCAUUGCCUGAAGCCGUUGCUGAGCCAUCGGGUAGAAGGAACCCGUCGCAUGACGUCUCACCCGGUCCUACCUCUGUACCUGCUAGGGUGUCAGGAUGGUUCUGUGGUUGUCCGAGAGUGGCAUCACAGUGCAGUGGUCGCACGACCUCGUCCGGGUGGCACCUUUGCCAAGGUGGCUCGCGUGCAGUUCAACCAGCAAGGUAACAAGUUUGGAGUCAUUGACGGUGAUGGAAAUUUGUGCCUCUACCAGCUGGGACUGGCAUCACAAGUCAACAAACCUUACUAUACCCACCAGUGUCACAACAAACAUGGUAGUGACUUCGUCUUCGUGGGAUCGUCAAGCCUGCUCGCUACAGCCGGACAGUCGUCAGAACACCGCAAUGUAGCUCUAUGGGAUACGUUGCUCCCACAGAGGAAAGCCAAUGUUGUCUCCUGGAAUUGUCAUGAGAGUGGAGCCUCAGCAUUGCUAUAUGCCCCCCAGCAUCAAGUGAUUCUCUCAGCUGGCAAGAAAGGCACAGUCUGCAUCUUUGACGUUAGACAGCGCACUCUUAGACACAAGUUCCAGGCACAUGAUGCAGCCAUUAAGUGCAUGGCUCUAGAUCAGAGCGAAGAAUUCUUCUGUACAGGCUCAGCGGAUGGAGAUAUCAAGGUUUGGGGUCUGACCAUCCAUAACCUUAUAUACAACUUGCCUGGAGAACAUUCACGGUCUUCACUCUUCAAGAAUUUGAGCCAAGGUGUAACCCAGCUCCAGCUUGACGUAAACAACAGACUUUAUUCCUGUGGUGCUGACGGCUCCAUUAAACUACGGCUGCUGCCAGAGAGAGACCUAAAUGUUUGCCACGUCUAAAUAGCUUGCAAUAACAAGGGAAGGUGUGUGGAAGAGUGUUGCAGAUGCUGGAGAAGGCAACACAGCAUUAUUAGACAUGUUUCAUGCAACACACAGGGACUCUCACCUGUCUUACCAAUCUUGUGUUCAACCAACAUCUGCAUGUGAACGCAAUUUGUUGUGUUGCAUUUCCUUAUUGCAAGCCAAUGAAAACCUGCAUAGUACUGAAUGUCAAGUACUAUAUGUAUAUAGUCCAAUUAUUUUCAUUGUAAAAUAUAAGUUAUUUCAUCUACAUACAUAUUUGUGAAAAUGUCUGGUGCUAAAUAAAAAAAAUAAAAAAAAGUAUGAUACCCUAGAGAACAUUAUUUAGUAUAACACAAAGAUCUACAUUCAAGAAGUUCAUCCCGAGGGUUUGUUUCUCUCUGUCUGUUUUAUAUAUAUUUGUUGAAGUUUGUUGUUGAGCUUGUAAAGUGUAGCAUCAAUGUGUUCCUUUCUAACUACAUGUAUAUCCAGCAAAAAAUAUUAGAAUUUCUUUUAAAAACGAAAAUUGUAAAUGGAAGUAAUUGGCAUGAUAGUUUUGCGAGUACAAUUUUAUUACAAAAUAUUAGCAAAGUAUAAAUGAGAGUUGUAUUGAUGUAAAUAAACAGAUGUUGCAUAUUGUAUAGUGAUUUUAAGUUAUAUGAAAUUACACAUUCCAUAUUUCUGCCUCUGUUUAAAUACUUGUAUGUUAUCUAGUGAUAAAAGAUUAGAAUCUUUUAUCAGCAAUGUUCAGAGUCUGUAGUAUGACAAAUAAAUAUACAGGUAA